AUGUCUCAGGGUCCCUACGCAACGUGGCAAUCCGGCGUUAAAACCGAACACGACCAGUUCUCGGGAAGCCCACAAGCAGCCGUGACAGCAUCCCGCCGAAGCGGGAGUGGAGACAACCAGCAAGCUGCCUCCUUCGCAUAUGGCAGCUAUCCGCAGGGCGAGGCUCACCGCCGCCUACAAUCGCGCACCGGGAUGCGUGGGCACUCCAGUUCGACCUCCAGCCUUUCGGGUGCUAUGGGCGACGCCCAGAUCAGUGUCCAACCCCGUCAGUCAGUCACUCCGCCUUCCGGACUGGCAUCGUGGACGUCGUCUCCGACCUCCACUACGAUGUCUGGAGCGCCGUUCAUGAACGUGCCCGACGACAUGACUUACCUCGCGCCUGUCACUCCCAUUACGUCGGCUAGCCCGUCGGGGGCGUUCGGGUCGUUUGGUCCGUACAAUCUGCAGAUGUACGGUUCACCCGACACCUCCCCCGGAAUCCCCUCCCCAGUCUACAGCGACCAGUUCGCUUACCAGCAGAGGGGCCACUCCUCCGCAUCCUCCGCUGCUAUGGUCAUCUCGCCUUCCUCCACGCCCGCUCCCUCGCGUCACAGUCACUCUCCUCACAGCAAGGAUGAAGAGAUACAGAGACUCCAUCAGCGUAUCCGUGAACUAGAGCUGGUAGCCGAGUCUUCUCGGAGACGCAUCCGCGAGCUUGAAACCGAAGUUUCGCGCGGAAUCUACCCGGGUGGCCUCCCCUCGCCUCUCCCCACGCCGGCACCUCCUCCCACCUUCAACGAAGAGUGGCGUGCGCGCACCGACGCGCGUAUCAAGUUGUUCUGCUCCUUGAAUCGCGCUGGCAACGCGCUCUGCGCAUGGCACGAUUCUCGGCGAGAGCGGAGAGUGUACCCCCCACGCAUGGCGCCGCCGGGCUAUCUCAACUGCGGCUGCACUUUCGAGGAAGCGCUCUUCGAGGAGAGCCUCGCGCGUCACGGAGUCGGCAGCUACCUCCCAGGGGAGAGCGUCCGCAUGGACCCUGCACUGCGGAACCCGCUUCUCAAACUGCUUCAGCAACGGUACAACUAUCGCGACGGGGACUUCGAGCGCGAUCCCGUGACUGGCAACUGGAUCGAGGGCGAGGGCGCCAACUACUGGGAGGAGAAGGUGGCAUCGGGCACGACGUACUCGAGGCGGAACCGCACAGAGUCGGACCGCCGCUAA